UGUGCACUUAAACAACAACAACGAAGGACUGUCAUGGAACACCUUGCAGAGACCUUUGAGCACGGCAAGCGGCCCGUCAUUGCCGUGGACUUGGACGAGGUGCUAGGCUACUUUGUCGAUGCGCUCUGCGAGUUUCAUAAUGACAAGUAUGGCACCACGUACAAGGCAAGCGACUUUCACAGCUACACGUUCCAGGAUGUCUGGGGAGGCACCAAGGAAGAGUCGUCCAAGAAGGUCCACGACUUUCUGGAGUCCAAGCACUUCAAGAACGGCUUGCGGCUGGUCCCUGGUGCACAGGAGGCGCUUGCCAAGCUGGCCGAGAAGUACGACCUUGUCAUUGUGACAUCUAGGCAGCAUAUCAUCGCACCAGAGACCCACGAGUGGGUGGAGACGCACUUUCCAAACACCUUCAAGAGCAUUCUCUUUGGCAAUCAUUGGGGCCUUCACGGCGAGAAGAAGUCCAAGCCCGAGAUGUGCACCGCCAUUGGCGCUGCAGUAUUGAUAGACGACGCACUCCACUACGCCAGAGAAUGCGCCGGCCACCUCCAAAAGGUGCUGCUGUUUGGCGAGUAUUCGUGGAAUGCGGCCGACGACACUGCUCUCCCUGAGGGCGUUGUUCGCGUUCGUGAUUGGGACGCCGUGCUUUCAACGCUGGACACGUUGGAGCUGAAGUGA